AUGACAAGUCAACCCGUCACUAGAUGUAUCAAAAACUUCAAUUCGGACUACACACAGACCCAAGUGGCAUUGACCAUCUGCGAGCGCAAUGACCAAGAGCAAGAGUGCCAUCGAAGACGCGAAGAUAAUCGCAUUCAUCUCCACGUCCAACAUCACUACGACCCACAAAAUAAAGCACAAGAGACAAGAGCCCCAAAAUGGGGUAUGCAAUUCGCAGAAGAAAAGAUAAAUAUAGGCAACACGAGAGGUGGGGACGAUCGUUAA